UCCUAAAGAAAUCUUAGAGGAAAGCAGUGCCGUUAUUUGUGAGUUUUAUCGAUAUGUAGCUGAAAGAAUAAGAAUAAAAAACCUCAAGCGGAUUAUGUCUACACUACAAGAGCUUCGUUACGCAGGACUCAUAUUGACAUAUGCAGAAGGAGGAUCUUGUUCGGACUUUGAAGUUCUUUGUAAACGUCAAAUUAAAGAAAGAAACCAAACCAGUUCAAAGAAGAAAACAACUGAAUCAACGGCAACAAGGCACGAAAAUGAAUUAAACACGGUCAAUAAAACACUGCUACGUUGGCUUCCUGCAACUAAGAUAUUCAUAAUCUAUGCAGUUGAAUUAAAUGUGAAUGGCAAACAUGUAACAAACAUUGGCCAGAUUACAGUGACACUCAAAUCUGCCAAAAGGCCAUCGAUGAGAGACGAUUACAAACCAAUCACAAAACACAUCCAGCAGACUCGACGAUACUCUUCUGUGGAUUUUGGAGAGAUGGAACGAAUCAACAGAUGCAAGAUAUGUCUUGACGAUGCCGCUUGUGUUGUUUUUCAGCCCUGUUGUCAUAUGGUUGCCUGUGAAAUGUGCGCAAGCGUUCUUAAGCGAUGUGCUGUAUGUCGUUCCUUGAUCAACGACACCAUGAAAGUCAACUUCUAGAGAUCAAUUUAGCUAUAUGUUCGUUAUAUUAUAGAUAAGUGAUAUAAGCAAACUUUACACAAUGACAAAUAUUGGUUGCGUGAGAUAUGAAUGUACAUUUUCGUGCAAGAUUCACGAAGGCAAAAUAAUUAUAUAACUUGUCUGCUUUUUUUUAAUUCGUCAUUAUCAUGAAGUUAGUCUUUUUACUGUCUAAAAGGGAGUUUCUUGAGUAUUUACACAAUAACGACGAUGUAACAAUACUGUACAUUUCUUACAUUUGGAGCAGUAAAUUCAAUCAUACUGUAUACAAAGAUGUAGUGUCUUAGAACCAGAACGUAACUGAGCCUCAUUAUCUAUAUAUAUUUUAACAUGUUACAUUACAAAUAAUUUGUACUAAACAAUGACAGUUAUAUGUGCAACAGAGGGAUAAAAACGAAAUUCAUUUCUGAUGAUGUAACAGGUAAAAUGGUUUAUAUUGGAAAGUUCAUACUAUUCAUUGUGACAUUACGACCAUUAGUGUUAUACCAAUAAAUCUAAAGUUUC